CACCGAGCGACCCCGCAGUCCGGGAUGCGGGCACCGCAGCCCAGCCUGGAGCACAGGACACCAACACGGGACGCGGAGAAACUCCCUCCGAAACUCGCUUCAUCCUCGUUAGUGAAGGGGGGAUGAACCUUGCCGGCCCCGCAGCCCCGCGCCGCGGGCCCCACGCUGCGGGCAACGCCACAGGGAGACGUGGAAAGCACAGAGAACCUGCUGAAAAGACCAGUGACGGGGCCCACGCUGCGAGUGACACUGCUGGGGCCACUGCCAGGGGUGGCCGGAGCCGGACGCUGGGGGCGACACCAGGAGCAGCGCCUGGAACCAAUGGCACUGGCCGGGAUGGGCAGGAACGGAGGGGAGCAGCUCCUGGAGCAGCUCCUGGAGCAAAUGGCACUGUCCAGGAUGGGCAGGAACGGAGGGGAGCAGCUCUCGGACCAACUGGUACUGAGCAGGAUGGGCAGGAGCAGAGGGGAGCAGCUCCUGGAGCAAAUGGCACUGGCCAGGAUGGGCAGGAACGGAGGGGAGCAGCUCCUGGAGCAGCUGGCACUGUCCUGGAUGGGCAGGAGCGGAGGGGAGCAGCUCCUGGAGCAGCUCCUGGAACAACUGGCACUGUCCAAGAUGGGCAGGAACAAGCAGGGAGCAGCCCGGGGAUGCACAGAGUCCUGUCCAUGGAUGCAACGCUCGCCCCGAGAGACCCCCGAGCUCCCGGCCAGUUUGGACAGCCUGUUGCUGUCCCUGAUGACAAACAAGAAGAAGCAAAAAGUAGGUGGAAAGAAGGAAACUUCAAUGCCUACCUCAGCGACCUGAUCCCUGUGGAUCGAGCCAUUGCGGACACCAGGCCUGCCGGGUGCUCUGAGCAGCAGGUGCACGAUGACCUGCCCAGCACCAGCGUCAUCAUGUGCUUUGUGGACGAGGUGUGGUCGGCGCUGCUGCGCUCGGUGCACAGCGUGCUCAGCCGCUCGCCCCCGCGCCUCCUCGAGGAGAUCAUCCUGGUGGACGACUGCAGCUCCAAGGAGUACCUGAAGGAGCAGCUGGACGCGUACAUGUCGCGCUUCCCCAAGGUGAAGGUGCUGCACCUCCGCGAGAGGCACGGCCUGAUCCGGGCCAGGCUGGCCGGAGCUGAGAUCGCCACAGGCGCUGUGCUCACCUUCCUGGACUCGCACGUGGAGUGCAACGUGGGCUGGCUGGAGCCGCUGCUGGAGCGCGUCCGCCUGCGCCGCACCAAGGUGGCCUGCCCCGUCAUCGAGGUCAUCAGCGACAGGGACAUGAGUUACAUGACCGUGGACAACUUCCAGCGGGGGAUUUUUACUUGGCCAAUGAAUUUUGGAUGGAGGCAGAUUCCACAAGAGGUCAUUGAGAAAAAUAACAUCAAGGAAACUGAUAUAAUAAGGUGCCCCGUGAUGGCAGGUGGCCUGUUCUCCAUCGACAAGAAGUAUUUCUCUGAGCUGGGAAUGUACGACCCAGGACUGGAUGUCUGGGGAGGAGAAAACAUGGAGAUUUCAUUCAAGGUGUGGAUGUGCGGAGGAGAGAUCGAGAUAGUGCCGUGCUCCAGGGUCGGGCACAUUUUCAGGAAUGACAAUCCCUACUCCUUCCCCAAAGACCGGGUGAGGACGGUGGAGAGGAACCUGGCGCGGGUGGCCGAGGUGUGGCUGGACGAGUACAAGGAGCUGUUCUACGGCCAUGCCUACCACCUGCUGCACAGCGUGGACGUGGGCGACCUGAGCCAGCAGAUCCAGCUGCGGCAGAGGCUGCGCUGCAAAACCUUCCGCUGGUACCUGCACAACGUGUACCCCGACCUGGAGGCUCCCCUGGUCAAGGCCAGUGGACAGCUCGUUAACGCGGCCCUGGCGGGGUGCAUCGCUGUGCAAGGCACCAGCCUGGCUUUUGAGGAGUGUGAUGCUAACAGCAUGAACCAGAAGUUCAACUACACCUGGCUGAGGCUGGUCCAGCACGGGGAGCUGUGCCUGGCACCCACGGGCGUGCUGGGAGCCGUGGGGCUGCGCCCGUGCCAGGGCAGGAACCGCAGCCUGGCCUGGCUCCACAGGGCCCUGGCCAGCGUGCAGCCCGGGCUGAGCGCCCACCUGGUCUCGCAGCCCCCUGACCCUCUGUCUGUCCCGCAGAGCGCCCACCUGGUCUCGCAGCACCCGCGGCUCCCGCAGCCGGCGUGCCUGGAGGUGGAUGCCGCGUUCCGGGCCCUGCGUGUGCGGGGCUGUGACGCCAGGAACCGCCACCAGCAGUGGCACUUCAGCGCGUACCACGCGGACUGAGGGCAGCCCUGGUGUCACUGCAGCCCAUCGCUGUGCCUGGCCACGGGGAAGGGCAUCCCCAGGGGGAACUGGGACCUGUGGUGUGACACCUGCCCGUGGAGGGAUCCCGGCACCCGGAGCAGCACCUCUGAACAGCAGCAGCGUCAUUUCCCUCUCUGCAGGAGACUUUGGGAAAAACUCCUUUUCUGUACCAAUAAAUGGAAAUAUUUUUGGAAAAAAAAAUCCUCAUCCUACUGUGAGCAAACAUCCCUCAGCUGCCCCCGACAGCAGCAUAAGCUACAGAAGUACUUCAGGGGCCCUGUAAGUAUGUAAG